CCUAAAUCUAGCCAUUGAGAUUAAGUGAAUUGAAUCUAAUGACCCAUCUUGUUGGAGGGCUUCUUCGGUAAAGACCCACACGAUCCACUCCCUAACUGACGACGUAUUAUUAGGAGCUAAAUCAAUGGGCUCUUCCCUAUUCGAAACUUUCAUUCUUUUUGGUUUUUCUUCCUCGGCGCCUCUCCUAAGAACGGUUAAGGAUGAUCGGCGCCGUUCCUAUUCCCGUCGCCGCAGUCCCUCUCCCGUCUUCCACAGUCCCUCUCCGGCGCUGGAAGUUCUCUUCCGUCGCCGCAAUCCCUCUCCCGUCGCCGCAGUCCCCCUCCGGCGCCGCAAGUUCUCUCCCCGGCGCAGCGGGAGACGUUUCGGCAACUGGUUGUUUCGUUGUUGUGGGAUCGGCGAGAGUUAUUCAAAUCGUGUUGUAAACGUGUUGUAAUAGCGCGCUUUAUUGUAUAGACAUUGCAUGUUCUUCAAAUCGUAUUAAUCUGAGUUUUGUUUUCCGUGGAAUGGUAUUCUUGUCGUUUUUGUAUAUGUGCGAUUGUGAUAGUUUGUUUGGCAUGGAUUGGUAUAUGGUCGUUUGGUAUUGAAUACUAUUAGGUUGUUUGCAAAGGUAGUGGUCAAUUUUGGUAAUGAGCUAGGUUCUAGGUUGUUUGGAAUGGUAGGUUCUUCCCAUGCAUUGGUAGUAAUCUGCAGACCUGUGAAGUUUGGUGUGGAAUUGAAGUUUUUAGUUGAAAUGGUAGAUUUCAUGUUGUUUGGAAUGAUAGCUUCUUUUCAUGAAUUGGUAGUGAUCUGCAGAAUUGUGAUGUUUGGUGUGGAAUGAUAGUGUUUAGUUGGAAUGGUAGGUUUUUUUCUCGCAUUGGUAGUGACCUGCAUACUUGUGAUGUUUGGUGUGGAAUGGUAGUGUUCAGUUCCAGUAGUAGUGUGGUGUUCUAUGCAACAGUAGUAGUUUGUGUGGUAUGGUAGUGUUCAGUUCCAGUAGUAGUAGUGGUUACCUUUCCAUACAUCACUAACGUUGGUUAAUGUUGCUACCUUCCAUUUUUUUUGUUUUAAUAAUGGCAAGAACCAAGAACCCAAAUCGUGGGACUUCAAAGAGCAAGAAACAAUGAAUAACUACCAUUGCAGUAGGUCAUAUUACCACAAUCGAAACACUACCGUUACAGUAUCUGAUAACUACAGUGCGGUAACUACCAUUGCAAUUACUAAUCACUACCAUAGCAACUGAUUUAGCUCCUUGCUGAGGAAGAAAAACCUAGGGCAGCGUGCCCACUGCAAAAUUCUUAGGGUAGCCCAUUGAUUUAUUAGUUGAGGAUUAGAUAGCUGAGGAAGAAAAACCAAAAAGUUGAGGAAUAGUUGAGGAUUUAGCUCCAAUGGGCUCUCUAAUCCUCAACUACCAUUGCCAUUUCCCCCUAGGGCAGCGUGCCCAGUGCAAAAUUCUUUUCCUGCCGUAAUUUUUGGUAUAACAAACUCCUACGAUGAUUAAAACUCCAUAUAUUUAAUUUUGGUAAUUAUCUCUCCUCUCUCAUUAAUUACAUUAUUAAAAUGGUAGUUGAUAAUAACUAGGAUGCAAAAUAGCCCUAUUAUCCCUAGUAACCACCGUGCAUACUAAAACUUGGUAUCCACCAUAACUCCUCCCAGGGUUGAGUUGCACCUCUAUAGUCUACUCAACGGUAAUUUUUCUCUCAUGCUAUAUAUUGUGUGAUUGUGGAGAUGAAAAGAUAAUGUUAAACAAAUUAAUGCCUUAUUAACAACAUUGUCCGAUCCCUCCGAGCUUGAAACUUGCGCUUCAAACGGAAAAAUAAAAUGGCCAACGUUGAUGACGUCAGAGUUCAAGUUCUCUCCACAUCUCUAGUCCACGCCAACAACAAAACCACACCGCCUUCCGAGAGGAUUCCUCUCACGCCGUGCGACCUCCGCCUCCUUCUCGUCGGAACCAUCCAGAAGGGACUUCUCUUCCGCAAACCCACGGCGGCGGACACGUCGGCGGCUGCCGCAUUCGUCGACAACUUGAAAUCUUCCUUCUCCGCCGCCCUCGCCUCAUUCUACCCGUUCGCCGGCCGCCUCUCCGCCGACGAACACCCCGAAGACGGCACCGCCGCCGUCUACAUCGACAGCAACGACGCCGGAGCUCCGUUCGUCCACGCCUCCGCCGCCGGCGUCUCCGUCGCCGACAUCCUAGACCCCGUAUACAUCCCUCCCGUCCUCUGGUCCUUCUUCCCCCUAAACUGGCUCAGAAACCACCACGGCUUCGACCAUCCCUUGGCCGCCGUCCAGGUCACCGAGCUCUCCGACGGGAUAUUCGUCGGCUGGACGAUCAGUCACGCCGUCGCCGACGGCGCCACCAUUUGGAAUUUCGUCAAAUUAUGGUCCGCACUCUGCCGGCAGGGCGAUGACGACUCCUCGUCGAUGGCGGCGGCCUUCUCAAGAGACUGGUUUAUCGACGAGAAGCACCACCCCAUCAAGAUCCUCAUCACCAAAAUCAAACAACUCGAACAAGAAGACGAGGACAAAAUCGUCUUGAAGGAGCGGAUCCUACACUUCAGCCGCCGGAAACUCGACGAUUUAAAAUCACGCGCCAACGCCGAAGCAGCCGACAUCGUCGGCUUCCGCGGCAACAUAUCUUCUCUCCAGUCGCUAAUCUCUCACCUGUGGAGGGCGGUAAUUCGAAACAAGAACAUUUCAGAUCCAGAUUCGGAGGAGGAAGCCGUAUUUAUUGUCCAGGUGGGAUUGCGGUCGAGGUUUGUUCCUGAAGACUACUUCGGGAACGCGGUGAUUCCGUGGCCCAUAGUGGUUAAGUUGAAAGAGCUGUCAGGAGGACGCGAUAAGGGAUUGGGACGCGUGGCGGCGGAGGUGAACAAGGUGGUGGCGGGGCUGACGGUCGAGAAGCUGAAGGGAGCGGUGGAGUCGUGGAUCGAGAAUCCGAAAAUGCCGACGGUGAGAGGUUUUGUCGCCGGAGGGAUGGUGCUGAGCAGCUCGCCGAGGUUCGACGUCUACGGUAACGAUUUCGGGUGGGGGAAGCCCGUGGCGGUGAGGAGCGGUUCCGGGAACAAAUUCGACGGGAAGCUCACGGUGUAUCCCGGGGUUGAGAACGGGAGCGUCGACGUUGAGAUUUGUCUGUCGCCGGAGAUGGCGGCGCGUCUGGAAAGUGAUACGGAAUUUAUGGCUGCAUUGGAGUAAUUAGUUAAGUUAGACUUUUUUUUAAGGAUGCACGAGUAUGCAAAUUUAUGCCUGGUUGGUGAGAUUCAUCUAGCUAGUAUGGAUCGUACUGUACUGUAUUGUACAGUGACGAUCGUAUUUGAUUUGUACUUUUGACUAUCAAUUUGCAUUUAUGCUAGCUUUUCAAUAUAAUUGAUGAUAUGGGUGUACUAUGGUUCAUGAAAUCGUACCGGAGACCGUAUCGGAAAAGUCAGUGGUAGGGUAUUUUAUGGUAAAAUCGUAGUUUAAUUGUUAGUACCGUUAAAUACUUCCUAUCGAUUUAGCCUCCGAUAUUGUUAUUUCGUGGUUGAAUCGUCGAUACGGAACUCCAAUAAAGUAGCUGUUAAUUACAUGAUGUUGAGUCGUUUUGGUCAUGUUCAAUUUGGUCGCUUAGUUCAUGUUUUGAAUCAUUCAAAUAAAGUAGUUGGGUAACCCGAAGUUUGAGAAAAUCGGAUUGAGUCAGGCUUGAAUUUUGCAAAAUACAAAAUUUCAAGCAUUUCAGAUAAAAUCCUAACUCAUUAGAAGUUUUAUUAGGUCAACCUAAAUAGAUUAUACAGAUCGUGGUUGUUUAUAUUUUAGUGAUCAUACGGUAAACUCAAAUUUAUUGCAAACCGACAAUUUUAUUAAAAUGAACGUUGUGAAUCAUAAGUACAAUGAUCCAGCAUACAAUCUCGGCUUCCCACCAAUUAGGGGUGGCUAUACGGUCCGGUCCGGUUAAAUUAAACCAAAUUGAUCCGGUCCCAGUCCGGUCUUUUCGGGAAUAUAAGGACCAAAGGUUGGAUUGGAUACAUUCUGGUCUUGAUCCGGUCCGGUCUUGAACCGGUCCGGUCCCAAUUUGAUUUUGAUUUUAGAUUGAGCUUGUGGGAUUUGAGUGUUGGGGUCUCUUAUCUGGUCUUUAUUAGGGUUUUUUUACCUCAAAUCUAAGCCCGAAUAUGAGAUUGGAUUGUUUGCUAUUCGGUCCCAGUCCGGUCCUGGUCCGAGUUAUACGAUCCGGUUUCGAGUAAAACCAAACAAUCUUGGACCAAAUUGCCAGCCCUACCACCAAUCAUGACUGAAUCAACGUUCCUACAAACUAGCUAGCUAAUCGAAAGUCUCUGACUUCAGCACAACGUAACAGACUCAAAUGCAACUCUAAAACAUGAAUUGACUCUAACAGACACGAGUUAAACUUUCAAUGACCAAAAGAACACAGCUUUAACUUGAUUGAAUUUGAAUCUCUGUCUUCCUUCGCGCCAAGUCUUCCUCUCCUUCACUAAUUCGGAUUCGAACCUCCUUCCAACUUCCAAGUUCCAACAUCCUCCCUGAACUGAAGAUUCCUUCUUCUUCUUCUUCAGUUCAUCUUCUUCUUCUUUCGGAACAUCAUCAGCAUCACAGACUCCCAUCCUUUCUCACAUCAAUUCAAACACUUCCAACUUCAGUGCAUUUGUCAUCACUUUAGCUACUUGCUCACCAGUUAUCACAUUAAUAUGUUUGGAUAUGCCAUGAACGACUGUAAUUCCUUAAAGAGUUUUAUUGCAGAGCUAUUAUCCCAUUAUAUCUUGGCUCCAUUCUCAACACUGUUCUUCCGUCUCAUUUGAUUUAUGUAUUUGAAAAUAAGUAAAUAUAUAGUAAUGACAUUAUGUAUUUGAAAUUAAGUUACAAAUCUGUUGUCAAACUUUGUCCUCAUUAGAUUAUAUGUAUGUAUUUUAAAUUGUGUACAAAAUGGGAUAAAACGAGCUAAUCCAA